UCCAAAUUAAUUAACAAACAUCGAACCUCGCAAUUCAGAGUACUUCCACACAAAAGUGACCCAACUCUGUUUCUUUAGCAUUUACCUGUCACUUUCUUUCUCGUACACAUAACCCCACAAACCCCCCCCUAAUCUCGUCUGUGGGUGUGUUUCUCUCUGUUAUGGCUGUGACAAUGCACGUGAAGUCCGACUCGGAGGUGACGAGCAUGGACCAUGGCUCCUCACCCCCGCGCUCGCCUCGUAGACUCGUCUACUUCGUGCAGAGCCCGUCGAACCACGACGUCGAGAAAAUGUCCUACGGGUCCAGCCCCAUGGGCUCCCCGCACCACUACUACCACUGCUCGCCGAUCCACCACUCCCGCGAGUCCUCCACCUCGCGCUUCUCCGCGUCCCUCAAGAACACCAGAAACCACUCCGCCUGGAAGAAGAUUCAGAAGGAGCCAGAGUCCGACGACGACGACGACGAAAACGACGACGGAGUUGGCACCUUCGGGGGUUUGGGCCGCAAUCUGAGGUUGUAUAUUUGCUUCGUUUUCCUCUUCGUCGUGCUCUUCUCAGUUUUCUCGUUGAUUCUGUGGAGUGCGAGCAAGGGUUACAAGCCUAAGGUCUUCGUUAAGAACAUAGUGUUCGAGAACUUCAACAUCCAGGCGGGGAGUGAUCACUCAGGCGUGGCAACAGAUAUGCUGUCGUUGAAUUCGACGGUCAAAUUGGUGUACAGAAAUCCUGCCACGUUCUUCGGCGUCCAUGUCACGUCCACUCCCUUGGAACUUCACUAUUACCAGCUCCAGCUUGCCUCGGGACAGAUGAAAAAGUUUUAUCAGUCGAGGAAGAGCCAGCGAACGGUAGUGACAGUAGUGGUAGGGCAUCAAGUGCCACUCUACGGCGGGAUUGCGGCAAUUCCGAACACGAGAGAGCACCAUGAGAAAAUGGCAAUUCCAAUGAACCUAACGCUUGUCGUGAGGUCGAGGGCCUACAUUUUGGGAAGACUAGUGAAGUCCAAGUUUUAUAGGAGAGUCCAAUGCUCUGUAACUCUUAGAGGCAAUAGACUCGGCAAACCCCAUAAUUUGACAAAGUCUUGUGACUACCGGUAAAUGAUCUACACUUACUGGGGUUUGCCAUGUAUAUUUCAUUUCUUGUAUGUAAGAUAUAUGAUAACAAGAUCUGCUAGCCUUUCAUCUUUGAUUGUUGACAAUAGUGGAAUUUAUUGAUGAAUCAAGAAUUGCUGGGGAAAUGUGUUAUGGGAGAUGAAUGACGGAAAUUCGAUAUUGCGGAUAGUUAUGACAUGUUAAAUUGACAAAUAGGAUAUCUUUGGGGUUCCAUGUAUUCAGUCAAUGAUGUCAUAUGCCCAAUGAAUGAAGUGUACCCGAUUGUCAUUUCUAGAAUAUUAGUAAAAAUAUGCUAUGGCCUUUAGAUGAUGA